AUGCCCCGCAAGUCUCUGUCCAACUUCGCCCACACCAUGGGAGGGAAUCAGAGCAGUUUCCUUUCCGAGGGAUCCGACCGGGAUUUUCUGUCCGGCUCCGACCGGACCACGGGGGAGCUGGUGAUCCGUUGUGUGAUCCCGUCCCUCUACCUGCUCAUCAUCACGGUGGGCUUGCUGGGCAACAUCAUGCUGGUGAAAAUCUUCAUCACCAACCGCGCCAUGAGGAGCGUCCCCAACAUUUUCAUCUCUAACCUGGCCGCUGGGGACUUGCUGCUGUUGCUCACCUGCGUGCCCGUGGACGCCUCGCGCUACUUCUUCGACGAGUGGAUGUUCGGGAAGGUGGGCUGCAAACUGAUCCCGGCCAUCCAGCUCACCUCCGUGGGGGUGUCUGUGUUCACUCUCACUGCCCUUAGCGCCGACAGGUACAGGGCCAUCGUCAACCCCAUGGACAUGCAGAUGUCAGGUGCGGUGAUGUGGACUUGUGUGAAGGCUGCAGGUAUCUGGGUGGUCUCCGUGCUGCUGGCAGUUCCUGAAGCUGUGUUUUCAGAAGUAGCACAUAUUGGAAGCUUGGAUAACAGCAGCUUCACAGCAUGCUUACCUUACCCUCAGACAGAUGAAUUACAUCCAAAGAUUCAUUCGGUGCUCAUUUUUUUGGUCUAUUUCCUCAUACCACUUGUUAUUAUUAGCAUUUAUUAUUAUCACAUUGCAAGGACUUUAACUAAAAGUGCACAUAAUCUUCCUGGGGAAUAUAAUGAACAUAGCAAAAAACAGAUGGAAACACGGAAACGCUUGGCUAAAAUUGUCCUCGUCUUUGUGUUCUGCUUUAUCUUCUGUUGGUUUCCAAAUCACGUCCUCUACAUGUAUCGGUCUUUCAACUACAAGGAGAUUGAUCCAUCUCUAGGCCACAUGAUUGUCACCUUAGUUGCCCGGGUUCUGAGCUUUUCCAAUUCUUGUGUCAAUCCAUUUGCUCUUUAUCUACUCAGUGAAAGCUUCAGGAAGCAUUUCAACAGCCAGUUGUGUUGUGAAAAGAAGCCCUAUCCAGAGAGAUCCACCAGCUACCUACUCAGCUCUUCAGCAGUGCGUAUGACGUCUCUGAAAAGCAAUGCAAAGAACCUGGUGACUAAUUCGGUGUUAUUAAAUGGGCACGGCUCCAAACAGGAAAUGGCACUAUGA